AUGGCCGAUUACGAGCGGAUGGUGCUGGACCAUUAUCAGCUCUCGACUGCAUAUCCCGUGGAGUGGCCAGCCGAGAAGGACAUGAGUGAUGCCUCAGACGAAGAGGACAAGAAAGCGAACCGCAAUGGCAUGGUCCGAAGGUCUAAAUCACGGUACUCCGCAUUAGAAAGAGCAGCCAGUGACCGCAGGAGCAUCCUCCCUGGUUCUCAAAGAACUGGUGACGGCGUGGAGAACCUGGUGCAAAGAGAUGAACCGGAUCCUUUGGGCAGCACUGAGAGUGUUGUGAGAAUUCUUCGACAACUGGGUCUCCCGGUACAAGAGGAUACGCGACUACGCAAUAGAUUCCUUCUCUCCUCCACAACCUUCUCCCCAGCACUUUUCCUGUCCCAGGUACAUUCAACUGCCUCGACAGAAUCUCUUUUGGACGGCCUCGAUACCCUCUCCAGAUCCAUCGACCAGAAGUCAGCCUCCUUGAAGGUGUUGGUAGAAUCCAAUUUCGAACGGUUCGUGAGGGCCAAGGCUACUAUUGACAACGUCUAUACCGAGAUGAAAUACCGAGGUGAACCACCGGCUACACCACAGCGUCCCCAUUCGCGGCAUGCCAGCCGGAAUAGCUUUCGUACAAGUAGCGGAAACCAAGCUUCGAUGUCGAUCUCUCCCGAUUCCAAGAGGAAGAACGCUUUGACAAAGGAAAGCGAGUACGGAGUCAUGGGAAUCAAAAAACCCCUGUUGGACGUGUCUGCGAAGGCCGAGGAGGUUUGGGGACCUGCCUUGGGAGGGCGAGAGAAAGAAGACAGUCUAAAAAUUAUGACUGGAACUGUGGAGAGGUACAAAGAAUUGUACGAAGUCAAUUCUGCAAUCACGGAUAGCAUAAAGCGGAAGGACUACGAAAGCAUCGUUGAAGAGUACGCCAAAGCGAAACGAUUCGCAGAUGAUGCUAGGAGACUUACUGAAUCCCGUUCACCUCUAACAGACUCUCAAAUAUCUCAAAUGCUACUGGCCGCCCGUGUCUGGCGCGAUGUGGAGAUACAGAUCGAGGAUUUUAAACGUGACGUUUGGAGGCGGUUGGUUGCUAUGCAAGGUGGGCCGUCGAAGGCAGAAGGAGCCAUUGGCGAUGCUCAAGACCAACACAUGGAGCUGAUAGGGGUUCUCCUCGAGUUGGGCGUCACAGAUAAUCCUAUCUGGGUCUGGCUACUCAGCCGCUUCGACCAUUUGAAAAGCAAGAUUCAGACAACCUCCGACCGUUCCAAGAUCGAGAUUGAGAUUUUCAGGCGACGAUUGGCGAAUGGCGAGAGACCUACGACUCAGAUUAUAGCCUCCCACUUAAGGUCACUUAGUCGCCAGACUGCUGAGGACAAGCCAACCUCUGUAGACUCAUCUGAAAUCGUUGAGCUCUGGGAAAAGAUGCACACAUAUCUCAGCAACAUGCUGUCAUCGCAAGGUAUUCUCGGGGAAGUCGUCGAGUUUUGGCAGACUGUGCAGAGCUUCAUUCAAGGCAAAGCCCAGAAGAAUCUGCCAGUAGGGAUCAACGGAUCAGCUCGAGAACACCACAGGCUUUCUGACCAAGGAACACUCGAUCUGCAGAAAGGCACAGUCGAGCUCAUAGACAUGAUCAGAGAAAGUGUAUUCGAGUUCUUUGCUGAACCCCCAAUUGAAGACAUUUCUUCCUUGUUCUCGCCAUUACCUCCAACUCCGCGAACCCCUGGAUCUUCACAAUUAACUCCAUCAGCACUUCGAGAUCCGAGGUUCAACUUCGACCCAAGUAACUUACCCCCACCUUCACCAAAGCGAGGAGAGUCGUGGGAGAAGUUUGCAUUCUGGCCACCUUGGUCAAAUUCCUUAAGCGCAGUCCACUACCUGGCAAAGCUUCUUGUGUUGGUUGGAACUGGAGCGAGUGAGAUGGCUGCAGUAUCUGCUGUGAACAAAGGAGAUGAUGCUGCCGUGGAACGGUUGAAGAUGCUUGUUGGUGGGGCUCGAGAACGAUGUGUCAGCGCUAUAUGUGCAGCGUGGAACAGAGAUGCGGAAAACAUCAAGGUGUUGGAGGAUUGGAGACGGUCACCUGAAAAGCGUGAUCUCACCAGGAUACCGGCUUAUUUUGGUUCUUUUGAAAGCGCCGUGUUAACCGGGAUGCAGAAGAUUCUCUAUAUCUCUGAAGCUGUUGUCAAACCAGGUUUUGCGGAUGUGGUUUCCCCACCUCCAGUAAAACUUCUCACAAUGGUCAGGAGUCAAUUCGUCACCACCAUCUACAAAUCUUUGAGUGGUAUGGUGGAGAACGCUGAGAAGACCGUGAAGAAAGCAGAAGACGACUGGACAACUGAAAACGAUGGCCUGGCAAGCCCUGUGGCAAUGGUGAUCGCAACUAGUAUUGGCGCCGGGACUGUCAAUGCCAGUGAUAGAAACGUUCGUAUGCUCCUGACCCUAAGCAAUCUCCAAGUCCUCCGCAUCGAGACCGUCCCGAACCUUACCACCCAGUUCGAGAACGCGUUCUCUGUAAAGCUCACCGAAGAAUCCAAAACCAUCCGAGAUGUGCUUGGUCAAAUCGAUGCCCGUCUCUUCCAAUCUUACACCCGCCCGGCCGUCGAUGCGAUCCGUACCAUAAUCCGCGCUGGCAUCACCUCUCCAACUUGGUCACCUCCGCCAAACUCCAGACCCCGUGAAGUGCGUCCUUACGUCUACGAAGCUUUACUCUCCCUCGUGCUCGUGCAUACCCAAGUCUCAACAACCGCCUCUUCACUCACUACACAAGUCCUCUCCUAUCUCCUCGAGCAAACCUCACGAGAGCUUCUUGAAGCCUUCAAACUCCGCCAACGCUAUAAUCUAGCCGAGCUCAUGCAAGCAACACUCGAUGUCGAGUUCGUAGCCCAAACACUAAGUCAGUACACGACAGACCGAGCAAGCGAGAUGCAGAGCCAGAUUUACCAGGAGUUGGAUAAAGGCACCGAUAAUGAUGCGAGGACGAAGCUACAGACGGAGUUGCCGGAGAUGAGAGCUGUAUUGAAGAGAUUAAGGGAGGGAAGCCGUAGCGAGUUUGCUUGCUUUAAGAAGAUGAGGCGUUCAAAAAGCGAGAGAGGGGAACAGGGAGAGAGAGGUGAGAGAGGGGAUAGACAGGCGACUGCUGCUAAUUCCGUGGUUAGUUGA